UUAUUUAUUUUUUAAUAAACGCCGCCAAAAAUUCUUAAUUAAUUUAUUUAAUUAUAAAAAGGAUAAAUCUUAUAUAUUUUUAAAUUUUUUUUUGUUUUACUUGCUAAUACUGGGUUUUUAAUAAAGAAAAUAAAACGGACACUUUAAACGCAAUAGAAACAAUUUAAAUAUAAUUUAAUUUUUAAUUAAAUCAACCAUAUUUUUAAUUAAUUAAUUAAGCAGUAAUAAUCGUAAUAAUUAAAACUAAAGCAACAACAAUUGUAAACAAAAAUAAUAGUAUAACAGUUCAGCAGGAAAAAAACAAAAUCAAACAUAAUAUUUAUUUAAGAAAGCCUCCGUUUUUGCUUUUGAUUCUUUUGAUUCGAAAAAAAAAAAAAAAAUUAUUUGUGAAUUGCGACAAGAAGAUUUUAAAGUAAACAGAAAAACAUCAGAUAUGAAAAAUGGCAAAACUUCGGCAGUACAGGUCAAUGGACGUCCAACCAACAACAACCAAUAUACGAAAAAAGUUAGGAAAACAGGAUAAAAAUUUAAAAAUUUCCAGGACAAUGACGUCAAUAUGCUUUGUUUGCAAUUUACCAAUAAUGUCCCAUCAAGUUGGAUUAGUUUGGCAAGGUGGAAAUGGUUGGGAUGAUCUUGUCAGAGAACAGCUGGAAGAGUCAACUAUCCGGCAACGUUUAGGAGGUAGAAGAGAUUCUGCUGCACAAAUAAUUACUCCUCCUAGUACAUCUCCACCUCCAGGUGCAACAAGACGCAGGAGAAGCUCCCUAGCACAAUUAACUGAUAUUUUGAGAGAAUGGAGCGGUGGUGGCUCGAAACGAAAUAAACCACCUUUAAAUCGUCGUGAAACUUUAGCAGAUUUAGCAAGAAGUUUACCAUGGGCAAAAUCAACAGCAGAUGCUGGCACUGGUACUACUUCAACAGUUGCAGCUCCAACAAAAAAGAGACGAGAAUCAAGUUGUGACUCUGGUAUUAGAAGUAUGAAGUCUCGACGUGAGUCUCAUACUUCAGAAUUUGCAAGACAAUGGAAUCGUAGAGAAUCAACUAGUCCUGCUGAAAGAGACCGUGAGGAAACUAGUACAUCAGCUGAAUGUACAAGAAAUGGGUCACGCCGAGGUUCUGGAGAUAGUUAUCGUUCCGGUCGGCGGGAUUCAAUAGCUGGUCGUCCAACAACUCCUCCACCACCAAAAAUGGUGAAUGCAGCAACAAAAAAGCGACGAGAUUCACUUGCAGCUCCAGAUUUUCCAAAUUUUCGUACUGAACAACGUCCAUCUACUAGUUCUACAGCAUCUGAUUCAAAUCCUGUUAUACCGAUUUCUGCAUCAGCACAAAUAGAUUCAGCUUGUCAAGCUUUACCCCCACCGACAAUAAUUACUAGUUCUGUAACACCACCUGCAACUAGCCCAACUGCACCAAAGGCUCGACGAGAUUCAACAACUCAAUGUGGGCGUUUAAAUCGUCGUGACUCAAAAGUUGUAAGUCCUGAAAAAACACCGCGUCUGCAAAGAUUACAACGCCAAGCAACAGCAUACGAUGAAUCAUGUUUUCCCGGUGGUAAUGGUAGACGUGGUAGUCAGCCAGCAUUAAGUCCAGAUCCACCAGAAGAUUUUGAAAGAAAAGCACGUCGUGAUAGUUUAAGUCCUGAUAGCGCUUCGCGUGGUCGACGUGAUUCACGUUCACAUCUUUCUCCAGAUCGUAGUCAUGAACGUGAAACUAGUCCAAGACGUAGUAGACGUACAAGAAGACAAUCAUCAUCUGCUGGUCAUGGUGGAUCAAGAACACCAGAUUCAAGUAGUUGUUGUUCAUCACGUGAUCCAAGUCCAUGUGCAAGACCUCCACCAGAUAGAGGUGAAAAUAAUCGUGAAUCAUCUGGUCGACCAAGUGCCGUGCGAAGACAAUCAACUACAGAAGAAAUUUUAAUUGCACGCGGUUUUCGAAGACAAUCAACAACUGAAGAAAUGAUACGUUGUAGAAAUUUUCGUAGACAAAGUUCACAAAGUGAUGAUGUUUGCAGAUAUAGAGGACGAAGAGAUUCUUGUGCUCAAAUUAUUGAUGGUACUAUUGGUACAAUGACAAUUGAAACAACAAGUACUUUUUUUGAUUCAAGCACUCAAACAGGUAAGUCAUGUUGAUUUAUAUCAGAUCUUUUAUA